GGCGAGCUCAUAGUAGAUGGUCCUGCUGAUCCGCAAGAUAUUUUGCGCUUGUUGGGUAUAGAAGAACUGUCACGCUACAUUGUGGACGAAGUGCAAGAUGUGUACCGUUUGCAAGGGGUGAAGAUUAACGAUAAGCAUAUUGAAGUGAUAGUACGUCAAAUGCUGCGCCGUGUGGUUGUGGAUAAUCCUGGCGAUUCCAGCUAUAUUGCAGGCGAGCAAGUGGAACGAGCUGCCAUAUUGGACACCAAUGAUGCCUUGUUGGCUGAGGGCAAAGUUCCUGCUACUUAUACCAAUAUGCUUUUGGGCAUUACCAAAGCAUCUUUGUCUACCGAUAGCUUUAUUAGCGCAGCUUCCUUCCAAGAAACCACACGGGUGCUUACCGAAGCAUCCAUCAUGGGUAAAAAAGAUCCAUUGCGUGGUCUCAAGGAAAACGUGAUUGUUGGUCGCCUUAUACCAGCAGGUACAGGGCAGGCCUAUCACCAAGCGCGUAAAGCCAAAGAAGCGAUGGACGAGAGCGAACGCCAAGCAAUCGCCUAUGCUGAAGAGCAAGAGCUGGAGCAGGCGCGAAUAGCCUUGGCGCAAAGCGAAGCUGACGCUGCGACUGACUAA